AUGGCCAGUGUUUAUGGACUGGAACAGCCGAUUUUACCAUCGCUGCAAGUGAUGUAUCCGAAACGAUUCAGUGCAACAGCGGAUGUUCGUUCGCUAAAUGUCUCAACACAUCUGGAGCCACCGCAGAACUGGGUGACCAAUGAAACAACAACACUUGGCGAAUUGCUCAUCGGUUUCCUGGAAUAUUAUGCAUUUAAAUUCGACUACCUCAAAGAUGCGAUAUCGGUGCGGCUGGGCAAGAAAAUUCCUCGUCUGGUUGUGGCACGACAAACAUCUCUAUGCAGUAUUGCUCAGUGGAAUUGCAUUUGCAUUGAAGAACCGUUUACGCUAUCAAAUACGGCGCAUUCUGUUCACAGUCAAAUGGUUUUUGAUGCAAUACGUCAGGCAUUUGUUGAUGGCUAUAAUGAGCUGAAUAGAAAUCGUGAUUUGAAAGCAUUCCUGGAUGUGGGCCCAAUCAAUAUUAACCUUACACCCUGUUCGAGAAGCUCAAGCGCACAACUAACAGAAACAGAAGCUAGCGAUUCAUCAACAAGUUCCGAAGCAACAGCGAUUACUGGUGGCAAAACUCCGGAGCUCAUUUCACCGCAACUGGAAAAAGAAGAAAGUUUUGAGCUAGUCGAUGCCGAUAGACCACUAUCGUUUGACGGUGACUGUGGUGAUGCGGAAGCGGAAUUAAUAGAAAGCAUUUUCCCACAAACCAUCCUGGAUAACGUCAAUGCUAAAAGCCAUUGUGUUGUAUCAGCAGUGGGUAACGAGAAUGAAGUAAGCGAUGCAGCAGUCGGUGCAGAUUCGAAAGAAGAGGAUCUGAUUGAAAAUGUGGUACCCGUGGAAGAGGACGAGAGCAAUAAUGCAUCCACCACAGCUGUGCAUGUUGAUGUCAGUUUGGGGAUAAAAAGUGGUACUUUGAUGAACAAAUCUGUACUCUCUGAGCGUCAACCCAAGGAACUACAGAUGCAGUCUGCCGGGAGG